GAGUCUUUUCACUGGACCCUCUCUACCGAUUCACUUCAAUUGACUUCCAUCGUCCUCUCUCCAUCCAAUACAACGUCUCCUUACGAAGCUAUCGAAGCAAACGUAGACUACCCGACACGGUUCUUGGUAGACCAUGAGUUGCCAGGACCUUGGUGGUUGGGUCAAGUUCCCCGCCAAAAAGUACGAAGUCAUGCCUGACGCCGAGCGCCAAUGCCGUACUCAAAUCGAGAUUGAAAUCUCGCACGAUGAGGUGGUGACCUACGAGGACCGUGGCAAUUCCCCGCUGAGAGUUCUGUCCUUCGACAUCGAAUGCAUGUAUGAUACAGAGAACAAAUCGGUACCGUCUAUUCAUCCUAUCAUUCAGAUUUCGAACAUGGUCGUUCGAAUGGGAGAGUCUGAGCCUUUUCUGCGUGCAAUUUUCACGCUUAACUCGUGUGACCUGAUUGAAGAUGUCUACGUUUGUUCAUACUCAUCUGAGAGUAAGCUACUUGAGGCGUGGCAAGACUUCAUCCACGAUGUGGAUCCCGAUGUUUUAACAGGUUUUAACAUCUUGAAUUUUGAUCUGUGGUUCAUUAUCGAGAGGGCUCAGAAGCUGGCUACCCUUAAUGUGGAACUCAGUCGCUCCAAAGGAUCGUUGGCGAAACAUGUCAACUACAACUUUUAUUCCGAUAGAUACGGAUCCAGAGAGGGAAGAAAUGUCCAGAUACCAGGCAGAGUCGUUCUGGACUUAUUUCGACAUCUCCCUCGAAAUCACUCUACGUUUAAGCUCCAAAAUUAUGGUUUGAAGGAUGUCGCAAAAUGUCUUCUUGGCGAUGGCCCCGAUUCACAGAAGAUGGAUCUUAGCUACCAGAGCAUAACAGAACUGCAAGAAGGACCGGAAGCGAAUGGGGCGACUCGCCGCAAAAUGGCAGUAUAUUGCCUCCAGGAUGCUAGGCUGCCUUUGAAGCUUCUGCAUAAAUACGGUAUUGUGGAGGGUUAUUUGCAGAAGGGAAAGGAGAAACAGGUGCCCUUUGCGAAUCUGUUGGGUCCAUCUCAUGCAUUGCAGGAGUUGGGCGUCCCCAAUGCACGGGCCUCUCAAGCCGUUAUAUCCGACUUCUGAUUGCUUAGGGUGGUCCAUAGGUGCUGUACUUCUCAGUG